CGCUUGUUUAAGUGGGUCAUUCAAGGAUGAAGCUUGUGAGGUUUCUUAUGAAAUUGUCCCAUGAGACGGUAACCAUUGAACUAAAAAACGGUACGCAGGUUCACGGAAGUAUUGCUGGUGUUGAUGUGUCAAUGAAUACACAUAUGAGGUCCGUUACUUUGACACUUAAAAAUCGGGAUGCGAUUAACUUGGACACACUAACUGUUCGCGGAAACAAUAUCCGAUAUUUCAUUCUCCCAGAAAGUCUUCCACUUGAUACACUUUUAAUUGAUGAAGGCCCUCCGAAAAGGAAACCUGGACGGGAAGUUACUUGCAAACAGUGGGUUUUCAGUGGUUUUAUGGAGAGCGACAACUCGAAAUAUCGUAGAAUAGAUCGGAAAAAUAACUUUUGGAUAACUUCUAGGGGAUGGAGAAAAUUUGUAGUUCAGAAUUAUUUUAGCAAUACUUUUUUCUUUGACUUGAAUGAUUCUCUUGUGAAAAAAACCAUGUAAACAGCGACAGCAACAACCAAUCACAUUCUAUAUCGAUGGAACAAGCCGUCAUCCACUUGUAAAGAAACACUAAUAGCUCACAUUUGUGUGUCAUGUCCAGUUAGUCAGUCAGUAACAACGUAGAACUUCGUACGUACGUACGUACAUCAGUUCGAGUUGCCACACCACAUUAGCACAGAGAUGCAGUGGUCGAUUCAAAUCCCAUAGUGGUAGACGUAAUAAGAGUAUAAGCAGUAAUCGGGAAGAUUAGGGUUUGGAGAUGUUAUUUAAAGAGUAUAAUCCAGUGAAAUAAAUUUGGAAAGAGGAAAAAAAGGGACAUGAAGAAUUCAGGAGAUUAGAAUUUGGGAGAACACAGAGAGUGGA